GAACCACUACAAAUAUUAUCUUCCGAAGUUAUUUAAAUAUCGAAAAUAUCUUUGAUUACUCUGUCAAUUGUUAAUUUCUUAAUUUAUACUAAAUGAAAAUUAAUAUGAUAUAGAAAUGGACCAGGAAAUAGAUCAGGAAUUAGCUAAAAGAAUGUUGGUUGAGGGAGCAACUAUGAUUUUCUUGGAUGUUCCAGUUGGGACAGAAUUUGGAAUUGACUUAAAAUCAUGGAACACUGGAGAUAAAUUUAAAGGAGUGAAAAUGAUUCCUCCAGGAAUUCACAUAAUUCAUUAUAGUACAAUAGGUAAAUAUGGUGACAUAUCCCCAAAAGUUUCAUUUAUGCAUAAUUUUAAGAAACAUGAAUUUCUUGUUAAAAAAUGGGACCUUGAUGCUGAAGACGUCAGUAGUGAAUGCAUUAAAAAUGAAGAAAUAGAACGGUUUAAAGCCAAUUUAUUUGAAUUAGACAAGUUUUUAGGACCAUAUCCUUUUGAUACAUGGCCUCAAUGGAAGAAACUUUCAAAUCAUUUAUCAGAGUCACUUCUUGAGCGUUUAAAUCCAGAAAGUGGACUUAUAAGAUCAGCUCUAGAACUAGUAAAAGGAGAACCUAAAAUUGAGAGAAGGUCAAGAGGACGAACGAUUGAAGAGAAAGAAGAAGAACUUUUACCAAAACUUGUACCUAAAGAAGGGAGUAAUAUAAGAAUGACCCCUUUGCCUGAAGCUUACCCAGAAGGUUGCAGUCCUGCAGAAAUUACUAUGCAUUCCAUGGACAGCACUUAUACUCUUGAGAAAAUCAUUUCGCAGUUUAACAAUGAAAUGGAUCUAUUAGGAGAGUUGCAGUUUUUGUUUAUUAGUUUUCUGGUUGGCCAGUCACUUGAAGCUAUGGAAUCAUGGAGGACAUUAUUUAGAACUCUUUGUAAAGUUAGAAGUGGUCUAGUUAGAAGAAGAGGGUUGUAUUCAGCAUUUCUAAAGGUACUGGAAACCCAGUUAAUUUUUAUCCCAGAAGACUUUCUGGUCGACAUAGUUGCUUCAAAUAACGUAAUUUAUUCUAGUCUUCGAGAUCUUUUCCGUUCAAUGAAAGAAGAAUCAGUUGUUGAGCCAAGGCUAAAAUGUGAGGCUGAACAUCUGAAAGAAAGAUUAACACACAAAUUUGGUUGGGAUUUUGAAGACCUUGAAGAAGAAGUUGGAGAUGAAGCUCCAGUGAUUGUUGACUUAUAAGAUGUGUGACUUAAUUUUAUUAAUGUACUCCUUUUUUAUUGUUUUUAAAAUCAAUAAUAAAUAAAACAUAGUUUUAUUGUU